AGACAUGAGUUUGGCGAACAGCAGAGAACAGCGCAGCACUGCGGGAAACCGCAUGUCCAAACUGCUGGACGCAGAAGAGGAGGAUGAGUUUUACAAGACCACAUACGGAGGAUUCAAUGAUGAGUCUGGAGAUGAUGAGUACCACGGCGAUCACUCAGACACAGAGGACGAGGUGGACAGCGACUUCGACAUCGAUGAAGGAGAUGAACCUGAUAGUGGACAGGAGGAGGACGCACCGAAGAGGAAGAGCCGUGUCGUCACCAAAGCAUACAAGGAGCCGCUGAAGGUCUCCAAGCCCAAAGUGAAGCGAGUGUCUGAAGAAUUAAAGCCGGAACGACCCAGAGUUGAGCGGCGCACCGUUCGGGACGAGCUGCAGGAUUUAGGAGACAUCCGUAAGUCGGUGCGCAAGUCGACGAGUGAACACACGCGCAAGACAAACGAGCGUCUGCAAGAGCGCCAGCAGGAGGCGCCGCGCAAGAGGAAAGGAGCGCAGAGCGAACGCGUGCUGACGCAGGACGAGCUGCUGGAUGAAGCAAAACUCACCGCCGAGAGCAACCUGCGCUCACUGGAAAACUACGAGCGUCUGGAGGCCGAUAAGAAGAAGCAGGUUCAUAAGAAGAGGCGGUUUGAGGGUCCGAUGAUCCGCUAUCACUCGGUGCUGAUGCCGCUGCUGCCCGACACACACCUGAAGGAGGAGAACGUCGACGUGGAGGGGCUGGACCAGGACACACCCCAGGCCACACCCACCUCGUCAUCCUCCACACAGGGGGCGGGGUCUCUGUGCUCACGGACUUACAUCACUUUCAGUGAUGAUGAGGCGUUUAGCUCCGCCUUCCCGUCGGCGGCUCGCUGUACCCCCACACACCCAGUGCAGGAGGUGUGUCCUGUGACCCAUAAACCCGCCCUGUACCGCGACCCCGUGACCGACAUCCCAUACGCAAACGCCAGAGCCUUCAGGAUCAUCAGAGAAGCUUAUCAGAAAUACAUCGCCGCUCACGGAUUCCCCAAUGCUUCCGGAAGCUUCAGCGCUAACACCGACGCUAGCGAUUCACCUGCUAAUUUGAAGAGCGCACGACCCAAAGCUGUGCUCAAGCAGAGCGCCGCCGCCACUUAAAGACA